AUGAAUUCUGUCUUCUCCUUGGUGCAGAUACAGACCAGCGACGCAUGCGGUGGAGUCCGCACGUACUUGGACGACAUCCUAGUGCACGCCUCGGACUUUCCCAGCUUCAUUGAAAUUUUGCAUCAGGCCUUGACCUGUCUGGAAAACGCUGGAUUCAAAGUGUCCUUAGAGAAAUGCAAAUUUGGACUAACUGAGAUAAAGUUCCUUGGUUUUGUCCUUUUGUCCCAGAACGGCAAAAGACCUGACCCAAGUAAAGUAGAGGCCAUCCUCUGCCUUCCGCAACUCAAGUCUACUAAAGAGGUCUUCUCAUGGCUCCAAACAGCCAACUUUUAUCGAAGAUUUGUCCCAGCAUUCUCCAACGUAGCCGCCCCACUACAUCGCCUUGCGCGCUCUAGCACAUACGUAUGGACUCCUGAGUGUCACCAAGCAUUCAUGACUCUUCGAACAGCGUUAACCACAGCCCCGAUACUUGCACAUUUCGAUCCAGCCGCACCCACCACGGUGACGACAGAUGCAGCCGCUGUCGCGCUUGGUGCCAUUCUUUCCCCAAAACGGAAAAGUGCCAAAACGGAAAAGAUGUUGCUAUUGAAUUCGCAAGCUGUGUCAGACACCGAAAAGAAACCUGACAGUAACAUAUGA